UGAGGAUGCGGUCGUCACAGUCGUUAGUUUCAGACAAGGUAGCUAGCCGCUUGUGAUUAGCCACGUCAUGUAAACCUUUGAAGUGUUACUCCUCAAUGUUUUACGAGAUUUGACCUAAUCGGGAAUUUGUCUUAAUUUCUAAUCCGACUUUGGACUUUACGUUUAAUACUCUGAAAUAAUUAUAUGGAAAGAUGUCAGACAUCGGGGACUGGUUCAAAAGCAUUCCCCUCAUCACCAGGGGCUGGUUUGCUGCCUCGAUUGCUGUUCCCCUUAUAGGGAAACUAGGACUGAUUGAUCCCAGGAACCUCGCACUGAGGCCAGAUUUGUUCCUAAGAAGAUUUCACCUGUGGAGACCAGUGACGGCCACCCUGUAUUUCCCAGUGUACCCAAAUACUGGCUUCCUGUUCCUUGUCAACCUAUAUUUCCUCUACAACUACUCCACUCGGUUAGAGACAGGAGCGUUUGAUGGCCGACCGGCUGACUAUGUCUUCAUGCUCCUCUUCAACUGGAUCUGCAUUGUUAUAACUGGGCUGCUCAUGGACAUGCAGCUGCUGAUGAUCCCGCUGAUCAUGUCUGUACUGUACAUCUGGGCUCAGUUCAAUAAAGACAUGAUAGUUUCUUUCUGGUUUGGAACAAGAUUCAAGGCACAUUAUCUGCCUUGGGUCAUUUUGAUCUUCAACUUUAUCAUCGGCGGCUCGUUUGUGAAUGAACUCAUUGGGAACCUGGUGGGUCACCUUUACUUCUUUCUCAUGUUCAAAUAUCCCAUGGACCUGGGAGGACGCGCCCUCCUUUCUACGCCACAGUUCUUGUAUCAACUGCUCCCUACCAGGAGAGGAGGGGUGUCAGGCUUUGGAGCUCCCCCCACCAGGAGACCGCCGCCUCAGGAGCAGGCAGGAGGAGGCGCCGGCGGUCGUCACAACUGGGGCCAAGGCUUCCGUCUGGGAGAUUAAUGAGCGAUGACAAGCGCUACCCCUCGCCUACUUCCAGCCUCUCCGUUUGGGUUAAAAUGUUUGCUGCUUCACUUUCUUUGAGCAAGUCCAAAUUUGGUCAUUUAAGUCUAACAAGUGAAAAGUAAAGGUGGCAAGUAUUUUACCCUAAUACUACAGUAAGACUACUGUUUCAAUGACUUUCAACAUGAAACAUAAAAAAAAACAAACGAUUAUUCAACUCCCCUUUUCUUAGUUUCUUUUACUGCCUUAUUUCACACUUACAUUGUAAUUGUCAAGAUGCUGGGCAAAUGCUUGUGUAUGGCACACAUGGCCAACCGGAAGUACUGUCCUGAGUUGCCUCUGCGGGUGGUACAAACUUCCCAUUAACACAAGUAAUUUUUGUUUUUGUAAAUACAAGUUACGAAAAGAUAA